GUGCGCGGAAAGUGAGCGUCCAGAGCGUCCUUUUUUCAUGAAGUUCUUCUACGUUGUCACCGUUUUCACGGGUUUCACAAUAUGCUUUGCGAGUCUGAAUCUUAUCGAGCUUUUGAUCUGUUAAAGGUCAAUGAGAAGUUCUUGGCGUUGGCAUUCCAAUUCGCCGCCCGGAAUGGCACGCACAAAUGGGUGAUUGAACGAGACUGGAAGGAUAUCGAGGUUGUCCUGACGAAGUACAUAUCUGAGGAGAAGUACCUGAACAAGAUCCACGUGGAGACACUCAAUGUGACCGGUGAUAUUCAGCUGGAGAUAACCACGAAGGAAUGUCCCAGCUAUUUUGCCAAGCUCUUCAAUCUCAAUCGUCAAGUGCUUCAUGGCAAUUUCCUUGCCAUCAAGGUGAAUUAUGGGAAAUUGCAGGCGAAUUACGCUGUGCAGACGGGCACGAAUGGCUCGUCGACGAGCUUGCCAGUUGCCACCGUAAGCGUUUUUGAUUCCGAGGAGGGCAAAUACGACAAGUACGUGCCAAAGAGCAAGGCUGCGAAGUCAGUUGAUGCCACUUAUACGCCCAGCAAGACUAUCAAGACGGUUGUUGAGGAAUACAUUCCCGGAGAGAUUUCACCUGAGACUGCCAAUCAGUACAAGGCUACGAAGCGCAAGGCAGAGAAGAAAGACAUCAUUGUAGAGUCAGAGACUUCACCUAACAUCUUUCCCUCCAGUUCAGAGUCCUCGCGGGCCAACACACCGAUACGGCUAAUGCCUGUGCAAACUCCCCCCAAGAAGUGGGACGAGUGGACCACCCAAGAUAUGUUGAAAUCCCUCGGAACAUGGUUUGAGGAUGAAGAGGAGGUAUUGCCUCAACAGCAACUUCCAGAAGACGCCAAACCGCAGCGUUCUGUGUGUGUUAACUUGUUCGGGUCUGAUGACACUGAUUCUGAUGUCGAAGUGAUCGAGCCGAAGAUUGAAGAGACUGAAGGGACUGAGAAGCGAAAGAAUGCGCGAAAGAAGAAAUUGAAGACGGUCAGUAUUGAGAACUGGUUGAUGAAAGGUAAUGUUGCUCCUGCACUGCCUACAACAUCGAGGGCUAAGAGAGAUUUGCGCAUAAUCAAAUCUCCGGCGCGGGCGAUCAUGAAGAAGAAGAUGACGAAAAAGACUGAAAAGACUCAGAAGUUUGUGAAAAGUCCUUGCCAAAUGAGCUGUGCCCACAUUGACACUGGUAAACUGUUGCAAUCAUACGAACGUUUCGAGGGAGAAAUGGAUAAGACCAUGAAGGGAUUUUUGAAGACUGGACGUGUUCCCAAGAUCACAGACAUUGAAUUCACGAGGUACACUGACUUGAUAAACGGCGACCAGAUUCAGAUCCUGAUGGACUUUCUGUCCACGAAGUACGAAUUGACGAAUGUUGGUGGAGACUACGGGAGACUGAUUAGGAUAAUCAGUGAUUACAUUCUGCCCGAGUGGACAUUCCGAUUCACCAUGAUCACUCACAAUGUCACUCGAAGCCAACUCAUUGACUACUUCAAUAAGAAGGACCGAAGGGAUGCUAAGGCUUGGACUGCCACGACGCAAAUCUAAUUCAUUAAUUUUUCAUUAAUUUUUUUCAUUAAUUUUUUUUCGUUAAUUUUUUUCAUUC